GCGGCCCUUUCAGUGUUUUUCCUUGGUCUGCAUCUUGUGUAUAUGUAUCGUGUGCCUGCUCAGAUUUUCCUUCUUAGCCCGCUGGACCAUUUUUUUUUCUAACCAACAACUUUUCCUUUCCAGGUUCUAUACAUACGCCCGUCAUGCCGUUCUGGGACAAGAACGAGAAGACAGGCGACACUGUCUCGCACUCGCCAUCAGACCCCUUCCACCGCGACUCUACGGAGGAGGGUAUCCUUCACGACAACGCCGAUCAUCUCCAGCGCCGUCUGGGUAACAGACAGAUCCAGUUGAUCGCAAUUGGUGGCUCUAUCGGUACAGCACUGUUUGUGUCCAUUGGCGGCGGCCUCGUCCGCGGUGGACCUGGCAGUCUGUUCCUCGCCUAUUUUAUCUAUUCGUGCUUCCUUGGUCUCGUCAACAACUGUAUUGCAGAAAUGACAAUCUUAUAUCCAGUCUCUGGUGGUUUCAUUCGUCUUGCCGGUCACUUCGUCGACGAUGCUUUCGGCUUCAUGGCAGGCUGGAACUUGUUCAUCUACGAGGCAUUGCUCAUUCCUUUCGAAAUUACUGCUUUGACCACUGUUCUUGGAUACUGGAGUGAUGAUAUCCCGCCGUGGAGUAUCCCAAUCGCUUGCAUCAUUCUUUACGGUCUCCUUAACGUCCUCGCUGUCAGAGCUUAUGGUGAAGCAGAAUUCUGGCUCUCCGGCGGAAAAGUCAUCCUUAUCUUCCUGCUGUUCUCGUUCACCUUCGUCACCAUGGUCGGUGGAAACCCACAACACGAUGCCUACGGUUUCCGCAACUGGAAAGAUGGAGCUUUUGCAGAAUACAGAACUGAAGGUACGCUCGGCCGCUUCGAGGGCUUCUGCGCCGCUCUCUGGUCUGCUUCCUUCUGUGUUGUUGGUCCCGAGUACAUCUCCAUGGUCGCCGCUGAGGCCAAACGUCCUCGCACCUACAUCAAGACUGCGUUCAAGACAGUCUACUGGCGUUUCGGUAUCUUCUUCAUCGGAGGCGCUCUUGCUGCUGGCAUCAUUGUUUCGCACAUGGACCCCGGGCUCGUCGCUAUCGUUAGCGGAACCGGAGAAGGUGGUGGUACCGCCGCCGCCUCUCCCUACGUCAUCGCUAUGAAGAACAUGGGAAUUGCUGGACUUCCUUCCUUCGUCAACGCGCUGCUCGUCACCUCUAUCUUCAGUGCCGGUAACACUUACACCUACGUCGCUACUCGUUCUCUUCACGGUAUGGCUGUUGAAGGCCGCGCACCAGGCAUUUUCAAGAAGACUACCAAGAACGGUGUCCCCAUCUGGUGCUUUGCAUUCGUCAUGAUCUUCCCCUGCCUGUCGUUCUUGCAAGUUAGCAGUGGCUCGAACAAGGUUCUCACCUGGUUGGUCAACCUGAUCACCGCUGGAGGUGUCAUCAACUACAUUGUUAUGACGACGACAUACAUCUUCUUCUGGCGUGCACUCAAGGCUCAGGGCAUUGACAGAAAGACUUUACCUUACUGUGGUUGGUUCCAGCCUUGGUCCGCAUACCUCGGACUUGCCUGGAUGAUCAUGAUUGUUGGCUGCUACGGCUAUACCGCAUUCGCACCAUGGUCGACCGACAACUUUUUUAUCUAUUACACAAUGACCAUUUUAGUUGCUCCUGUCACCUUCUUCGGCUGGAAGCUUCUCAAGAAGACCAAGUUCAAGACCCCUAUGACUACCGACCUCAUCUGGGAGCGUCCCACCAUUGACGCCUACGAGGCCACCUUCCUCGACCCUCCCAACAGCUUCUGGAACGAGAUGCUGGGUCCUCUCAGAAAGAAUAAGGGAAGUGACCGCCAGUACAGCGAGUCAGGCAACUACUCUGGCAUGGAGUAGAUUAUAUGGUUGCAAAACAACAAGUGUAUUCAUGAAUGUAUCAGCAUAUGUAUCUCAUGACAACCUGGAC